UUGAGAGCUCGCGAACAGAAUCGUCGGAAUAAAACACGGUGCUGAGACAGAGAGUUGUUCGGCAAACAGGUGGAAAAAUUGGCGACGAGAACGUAGACAUUAAUCUCAAACCACACAGCACUUCUCCGUUUGGAAGAAGAGUGUAUUUUAAAACAUGGAAUAGUGUCGUUGGCCGGUAGAUUGAGCUCUAGCACUUUCUUGUAUCUAAAUCGCGAAGUUGAGUCCCUCGACCCAGCCCGUUAGCUUUUGGCUAGCUAGCCAGUUAGCAUUAUUAGCUAUGUAGCUCGCUAACUAGCACAUUUUUGUCAGCCAAGGGGUUCUUUCGCAAAGCAAAUAUAUUUCGUUGUUUGCAUAUGGAAACUGUCAUGGUAAAAACUAUUCAGUUAUUAGAUUAAACCCUCGGGACAUGCAUGAUCUGGAGAAUAGCUGUUUAUUGAAGAUUUGCUGAAGGAGCGAGAAUUCCUCUCCUAGUAGUAAGCCAUUGUGUGAUGAUGGAACAUGCAAUGUAUGAGGACGAACCUUUGUAACUAACUUAGCUGGCUGACCAGGCAGUUGGCACCACAUAUCAAGGAUUCUGGAUGAUUCUUCGACUAGAGUCCAUUGGGGAUCAUUAUCUUUUGGAGAGGUCCUGUAACUUAUCGCCGAGACAGUCGCAUUGUCUGUCCGUCUGACAGUGGACACAAUGGGGGAGACCAGUCUCAACGAAUCGAAUGUGAAGGUCGCAGUACGUGUUCGUCCUAUGAACAGGAGAGAAAAGGACCUGAACACAAAAUGUAUUGUGGAUAUGGAAGGCAACCAGACCAUCCUGCAUCCAGGCGGAGGAAACCUGGGCAAAGGAGACUCCAGGAGUCAGACCAAGACCUUCGCCUAUGACUACUGUUUUUGGUCCAUGGACGAGUCGGAAAAGGACAAGUUUGCGGGUCAGGACGUGGUGUUCCAGUGCCUUGGGGAAAGUCUUUUACACAACGCCUUCCAGGGCUACAACGCCUGCAUCUUCGCCUACGGACAGACUGGUUCGGGAAAGUCAUACACCAUGAUGGGUUCUGUGGACUCUCCAGGUCUGAUCCCGCGGCUCUGCAGCUCUCUGUUUGACCGGACCCUGCUGGAGCAGAGGGAGGGGGAAGGCUUCACCAUAGAGGUCUCCUACAUGGAGAUAUACAAUGAGAAGGUCCGCGACCUCCUCGACCCCAAAGGGAGCAGGCAGGCUCUUAGAGUGAGGGAGCACAAGGUGUUGGGGCCGUACGUAGACGGCUUGUCACGCCUGGCGGUGGCCAACUACAAGGACAUUGAGUCUCUGAUGUCGGAGGGGAAUAAGUCUCGUACGGUGGCUGCCACCAACAUGAACGAGGAGAGUAGCAGAUCUCACGCUGUCUUCAACAUCAUCCUCACACACACACUCAAAGACCUGCAGUCUGGGACGAGUGGUGAGAAGGUGAGUAAGCUGAGUCUGGUAGAUCUGGCUGGCAGUGAGAGAGCAGCUAAGACUGGAGCUACUGGAGAGAGGAUGAAGGAGGGCAGCAACAUCAACAAGUCUCUGACUACUCUAGGCCUGGUCAUAUCUGCUCUGGCAGAACAGGGAUGUGGGAAAAACAAGACCAAAUUUGUCCCUUACAGAGACUCUGUGCUAACAUGGCUGCUAAAGGACAGCCUGGGCGGCAACAGCCGCACGGCCAUGGUGGCCACGGUGAGCCCGGCAGCAGACAACUACGACGAGACGCUGUCCACGCUGCGCUACGCCGACCGGGCCAAGAGCAUCGUCAACCACGCUGUCGUCAACGAGGACCCCAACGCACGUAUCAUCAGGGAGCUCCGAGAGGAGGUGGAGAAACUACGGGACCAGCUGACACAGGCAGAGUCUAUGAAGGCCCCAGAGCUGAAGGAGAGGCUGGAGGAGUCUGAAAAACUCAUCCAGGAGAUGACCGUCACCUGGGAGGAGAAACUACGCAAGACGGAAGAGAUUGCACAGGAGCGUCAAAAACAGUUGGAGUCCCUGGGCAUCUCUCUCCAGUCGUCUGGCAUCAGAGUGGGAGAAGACAAGUGUUUUCUAGUCAACCUCAACGCUGACCCCGCUCUCAACGAACUGCUAGUCUACUAUCUGAAGGAGCACACUAAGGUUGGUUCAGCAGACUCCCAGGACAUUCAGCUGUGUGGGAUGGGUAUUCAGGCUGCACACUGCAUCAUAGACAUCACAGCUGACCAACGGGUGGUCCUCACUCCUCACAAAAACUCAAGAACGUGUGUGAAUGGCUCUCCUUGCACCAGCCCUCAACAGCUCCACCAUGGAGACCGCAUCCUGUGGGGAAACAACCACUUCUUCAGGAUCAACCUGCCUAAGUGGCGGUCGCGGGGUGGUGGUGAGGAAGAGGAGGGUGAGGGGGGCCUGAUGAAGAACAGUAGCAGUAGUGAACAGCUGGAGGGCGACGGAGACACCAACAGUGAGGUUUCCUCCGAGGUCUCCUUUUCCUACGAGUUCGCCCAGACAGAGGUCAUGAUGAAGGCCCUGGGCAACAACGACCCCAUGCAGGCAGUGCUCCAGUCCCUAGAGAGGCAGCACGAGGAGGAGAAGCGCUCGGCGCUGGAGAGACAAAGGCUGAAGUACGAACAGGAGCUGCAACAGCUGAGAAGACGGCUGCACCCGGACAGACCGUCUGUAGGACAGACAGGCAUGGCACCCAGCCAAUCACAGGGCCAGGCUGACAGGCCGGGACAGCCCCACUACCGCAGCCUGGAGAGACUCAGCAUGUCCAACUCACCCAGCGCACAGAGCAGGCUGAAGCAGUGGAGCGAGGAGAGAGAGGCGGUGUUGACCCGGAGCCUGCGUAAGCUGAGGGAGCAGAUAGUGAGAGCUAACCUGCUGGUGCAGGAGGCUGGCUUCAUAGCAGAGGAGCUGGACAAACGCACCGAGUACAGAGUCACCUUGCAGAUACCUGCUGCUAACCUCAAUGCAAACCGCAAGCGUGAUGCAGUGCUCAGUGAGCCUGCGGUGCAGGUGAGGCGUAAGGGGAAAGGGAAGCAGAUCUGGGCUCUUGAGAAGAUGGAGAACAGACUGGUGGACAUGAGAGAACUGUACCAGGAAUGGAAGGAGUACGACGAUGACAACCCAGUGAUGCGUUCCUACUUUAAGCGUGCCGACCCGUUCUUUGAUGAGCAAGAGAACCAUAGCCUGAUCGGCGUAGCCAAUGUCUUCCUGUCCUGUCUGUUCUAUGACGUCAAGCUGCAAUACGCAGUACCUAUCAUCAACCAGAAGGGGGAGGUGGUUGGAAGGUUACACGUGGAGGUGGUGAGAGUGGCGGGGGGGUUUGAGGACAGCAUGGCUGGCGGAGAGGACAAUGAGACCAGCCCCGACGGAGAGGUGCAGGAGAGGAAACUGGUCUGCAUGAUCAAGAUUCUUCAGGCAACAGGUCUCCCUCAGUACCUUUCCAACUUUGUCUUCUGCCAAUACUCGUUUUGGGACCAGGCGGAGCCCGUAAUCGUGGCCCCAGAGGUGGACCCCUCUGCCUCGUCCCCAAGCAGCAAGGACCCUCACUGCAUGGUGGUCUUUGACAGCUGCAAGGAGAUGGGUGUGUCAGUAACAGAGGAGUUUAUAGAGUAUCUGACAGAGGGGGCAGUGGCCAUGGAGGUGUACGGACACAGACAGGCCGCUGCCGGACAGGCUGACUCCGGCAGGAACCCUGCCUUCUGGGACCUCAGCAUUAUACAAGCCAAGACACGCACACUACGGGACAGGUGGAGUGAGGUAACACGUCGUCUGGAGAUGUGGAUCCAGGUGUUGGAGAUCAACGAGAACGGAGACUUCAUGCCUGUGGAGGUCAUACCUACCAAAGACGUACGCACAGGAGGUAUAUUCCAACUGCGACAGGGCCAGUCCAGACGUCUGCAGGUGGAGGUGAAGUCUGUGCAGGACAGUGGGACGAUGCCGCUGAUAGCGGAGGUGCUGCUGGCUGUGUCUGUGGGCUGUGUGGAGAUCAGACAGACACGGCAGGCCAAGGCCAACAACGAACCCGUACAGAUGGAGGGGGAUGAGAUGGACAGCUAUCAGGAGCGUGAUCUGGAGCGUCUGCGUCGUCAGUGGCUGACAGCUCUCACCAAGAGACAGGAGUACCUGGACCAACACCUUCAGACCCUGGUCAGCAAGCCAGAGAAGACAGAGGAUGACGUGGAGAGGGAGGCCCAGCUGUUGGAAUGGCGCCUGACACUGACCGAGGAGAGGAACGCUGUCAUGGUGCCUUCAGUCGGGAGCGGCAUCCCUGGAGCUCCUGCAGAGUGGGUCCCCCUACCUGGAAUGGAGGCCCAUACCCCUGUUCUUUUCCUGGACCUCAGUGCGGAUGACUUCAGUUCCCAGGAUGCUUUGGAGGUCCCGGAGGCUGGGGGUUGGGACGCCACUCUGAGCGGAGAGGACGAGGAAGAAUUCUUCGACCUGCAGAUCGUCAAACAUUAUGAUGAAGAGGUAAAAGCUGAGGCAUCGUGGGACUCCACAGUGCACCAGUGUCCCCAGCUGAGUCGCGGUGGAGCGUGCCCGGAGCAGAGGGUUUAUCUGACGGUGCGCUGCGUGGUGCAGCUCAGCCAUCCGGCAGACAUGCAGCUGGUGCUGAGGAAACGGAUCUGUGUCAACCUGAACCCCGGCAGACAGGGCUUUGCUCAGAACCUCCUCAAGAGGAUGUCCACGCGCUCCACCAUCCCCGGCUGUGGGGUCACCUUCGAGGUGGUCUCCAACAUCCCCGGGGAUGCCCAGGGUUCAGAGGACAGGGAGAUGUUGGCUCGUCUAGCCGCCAGCACUGAGAACCCCAAGUCGGCCGACAACGAGGCGGCCAUAGAGAAAUACCUCCGCAGUGUCCUGGCUGUGGAGAACAUCCUCACUCUGGACCGACUACGACAGGAAGUGGCGGUGAAGGAGCACCUGGCAGGCAAAGGGAAGGGUAACAGACGCAGUCUCAGCUCCCCCAGUGUCCACAGGCUCUCUGGCAGCAGACAGGACCUGUCCUCUGACUGCAAUCUGGACGACAACAAGACUCGCUGGGAGAGCCAGCAGGACAUCUUCAUGACCUCGCCCCAGCCUCGCCUCUCCUCCUCUCCCCCUACUAUUCCCCCACAGAACCAGAGCCAGGACCCAGAGCAAGGUCGUUCAGGGCUUGCUGCCUCUUAUCUUUCAGUCAAAGCCCUGGUGCCGCAGAUGCCCAAGCUGCUCAAGUCCCUGUUCCCUGCCCGCGAGGACAAGAAGGAGCCCCUACGCCCCUCACCCCACUCUCUACAGCACAUGCCUCGUAUCAUCAUGCAGACGACGGGGCCUGAAGACGGCGGGGUCCGGACAGAAUCGGUUGCUAAGGUAGGGAGGACCGCCUUUAUCCCGGCCUUGACCAAUGACAGGUGGUCAGAGUCCACCGAAGCCCCUCUUCCUGUUCCGUCCUCCCAGCAUGACUAUCCCCUCAGCCCCAUCAGCGAGGCCUCCAGCGGCUACUUCUCCACUAGUGUUUCCACGGCAACCCUGACCGAGGCUUCAGCCAGCGCCGCUGGUGACCACCCUGCCACCCCCCUCCGCCCCUCCUCCUCCCUCACCCUCCUAGAUGCAGGGGUGGGACUAAAGGGGAUUGAUGCUCCUGAAACUACGUUACCCAGAACCCAGCAGCAGCAGCGAGCUGAACGGAACGGUGUUACUGCUGCCUCUCUUCAGUACGACAACAAAAUGGCCACCACAGUUCCCGGCUACAGCGUCACCACAGGCAACAAGCCCUUCUCCGUACAGAGGGUGUCGACGUCGGACCUGAAGUCGUUCCAGCAGCGCAUCCUGGGGGAGGAAGUGGAGGCGAGAGGAGGAGGAAGACAAGGGAGUCUAGAGAGACUGGAAAUCGUCCUGGACGACGAGAAUGGCGGCUGCGACUACGUGCUACCUGAUUGGCUGAGAGAGGGGGUGUGCGUGACGGUGGGAGCCAAUAAGGACGGGACAGUGCGUUACGUGGGCAGCACUGAGUUCGCCGAGGGCGUGUGGGUCGGGGUGGAGCUUGACUCGCCCUCAGGUAAGAACGACGGUUCCGUAGGCGGGCGCCACUACUUCCGCUGUAACCCUGGUUACGGUGUCCUGGUGCGUCCCGACCGGGUUCUCCGACGGGAGCAUUCCACCAAACGGAACUCGGAGAACCGGCGCAGCGGCGAGUUCUACCAGCCCGUUCUGCGGGGAGAGUCCACCAUCAGGAGAGGGGAGAACCGCAAGUCCUGGAGCAGCUGAACUGGAGAGAAACAGGCUUGGCUGGGAGAGACCAUUAUUCUACACAUCCUAGAAAACUAGAAAACCCACAUAUCCUGUUUCUAAGCCUCCGUCUCGCUUAGCACCCUCUCUCUCAAUCUCCCCCUAACUAUGCAAUACAACUGCAUCUAAUGGAAAACGGUCCCUGUCCUAUGCCCACACAUAGCUAUGGAGCAGUACCUUAGUGCUCUGUGUUUUCAUUUCAAUAGGGAAGACCUUUACCCAACAAGCCCCUGCUGUCUCCCCAUCUGGACACAGCACUGGUGGCAUGGGUUGGGCACAGGCCCUGUGUGGUUCCACAGCACCUGAAGUAGUCUACAGAGUGUUGCUGUCUGUAUGAAGUGGCCCACAGGAACUGUUUCUCCUCGGGCCAAGGUUCAGGUUCUGAAGUAAUGACAUCACACUCUCUGAUGUCAUCAAACUCUGGUCACACUUGGAGAAUCCUUCUGAAACAAUGAGACUACUAUUCCACCGGACCCUGACCUGCAACGCCCCUCUUUUUUCAAUGGAACUGUCCAUUUAUCUCCCCCCCCCUCCCUAUUUUUGAAUGGAACUGUCCCUUUUAAUUAAAUGAUAUUAUCAGUCCUUUUUGUGGACUGACAUUUUAACAGUUACUGUAUCUAUCCCCUGUGUAAAGUCAUUCAUCUGAAAUGAUCGAUUCUUCCAGAAUGUGCCUUCAUGGGUUUAUUUUUCUUUGUUAUAUUUCUUAGUGGUUUUAUUCAAUACACGUUUCUCCCUCUGUUGAGCUUUGACGAGAAUGCCUUGUGUAAGUGUGAGGUGAUCUCAGGGACUGCAGAGUGGACAUGUAUGUACCUGUGAGAAGAUUUGUGUGUGUGUGUGUGUGUGUGCCUGUGUUUUGGCCCUUGAAGCUGAAUUUAACCAUGGCAAUUUACAGUAUAGGCUGGGAGAACAAUUAUCCCUGUGCGUGUGUGUAUAUGCACAUCUGUGUGUGUGCAUGUUUCCGGCUGAUCUGAAAGAUGAAGCACCGUCGUUAUGACAACGUGGUUUGUAAGAAAGUAAUAGCCGUUGGUUUUAAAUUGUAAGUUGAAGGAUGGUUCCACUAUGAGAAGCCCAGGGAGCAAAAUUGGUUGAAAUUGCUUUUCUCAAUGUCCUUUUAACAUCAAGUGCUCACUGGGAGAUUUUGCACGUUGGAGGUUAGUUUGGUGACUGACUGUGGUGAUGUGUGUUAGCAGAAUGGUUGUCUUUGGUUCUAGAACUGUUUGAGGAAGUAGCAGUGUGAUGUAUGGUGUAUGGUCUGCAUGUAACUUUGUUAACAUUGUGGAGCUUUAUGUAACGUGUGGAUGUUGGAUGGAAGGUAGGAUCUGGUAUGUUUUAUGCUUGUCAUUGAUUUGUGUUUGGGGGAUAAAGAUCUCUAUGCAUACAUUCACCAUUUGUGUGAAGAUACAGAUCUGUAAUAGGGUCUAUCAUUUACAUACUGAGUCAAUGGCUUUGGGAGAUGAAAGAAGGUUGUGGGAGCAGUGUUUUACAAGUUAUUUCCUUUGAAACUAUGGAAUAUUAUUUAAAAUGUUAAUUGAUCCCUGAAGUUCUUACAAAAUGUAGUGAAUCUCAUUUUUAUUAGACAUUUGAAGUUAAUACUUAAAGGGGCAAUCUGCAGUUCAAACAACAACAAAGUGGUUUCCCCGCCACAGUUUUGGUAAAUAGGAAUGGGACUGGAGAAAUGUAACCAGCUCUCAAAUUAAUCAGUGGGUGUAUAUCAUUAAUUUAAACAUCCAAAAAUGGAUGUAACAACUAUUCAAUGUAAUUUCAAAGAGGCAAACUGUGUAAUCUCACCUUGAGAGCGGAGGUACAAACUGUAAGGAGAUGCAGAGUGGGUUUUAACAUUAGUCCAUCCAUAUUUGAGUAUACCUUUUCAUGUGACAACACUGAAGAAAUGACACUGUGCUACAAUGUAAAGUAGUGAGUGUACAGCUUGUAUAACAGUGUACAUUUGCUGUCCCCUCAGAAUAACUCACACAGCCAUUAAUGUCUAAACCGCUGGCAACAAAAGUGAGUCCACCCCUAAGUGAAAAUGUCCAAAUUGGGCCCAAGUAUAUCAUUUUGUGAUAUACUGUAUAUAAAUGGUUGUACAUAUGCCUUUAUCGUGUUAAAUAGUUAAAGCCUUCUAAAUUGUACUGAAAAAAAUUGUUGCUUGCACAAGUGAUUUUAUGAGAAAUGGUGCUGCUAUAGCCACUGUUAUAUAACUGUAAAUGGAUUCGAUCAUUGACAUUCUAGUCUUGCUUUUUAGCCUUCUAUACACCACUUGAGAUGGGAGAAAGUAAGGAGGAGUUGUCUAUGGGCUGAUGACUGGCCAAUUGAUAGAGAAAUGGAACGUAGCAAGUGCUUAUUUAUUGUCAUGUACUGUCCCCAAGUUGGUCAGACACUUUACAUUGCUCUUUCUAUAGCUAUAGCUAACGUUUAAGUUUGUCGUCGUGUUUAUUGAGUGAUCAUACUUGUGGUAAUAGGAGGGGAACUGAGUGUGUGUGAACGCGCAGUGUUGUAAUGAAGAGAGAGCAGGUGGUGUAUCGGAUGGAUUUGUCCUUUGUCUUCUCACCUCUCUGCACAGAGAAGAGUGUUUUGAGAUCACUUCAGGCUUAUCUAUUUAUUUCCGUGCCUCACUCUGUUUCUGUCUCUCACAUCAGGAAGUAGCUCUGAUUCAAACACAUUUCAUUAUUAAGUAACUUUUAUGGGUUAUUUCACAUUGCCGAUGGAGUCUUUGCUUCUGACUCAAAAUAGGUGCAGUGAGGCCGGGAUUCAAUCUGUUCACACUGUCAGCUAUGCACCUUUUAAAGGCAAUGUUCCCGCAUUUCUGUAAAUAUUAUUUUGUAAUUUAGCAGACACUCUUAUCCAGUGCGACUUACAGUACUGCAUACAUUUCUGUACUGAAAAGCAGGUACACAUGUACCUGAAUGCUGUGUAACGGGAGGAAGUCAUUUGUCAUACAUGCAUCCUCUGGCUUUCAUUUCAAUAGGCGUCAUCAUGGACUUUAUAUUUGACCAUAUAUGGUUGUGACUGUUUGCGCUCAGAACCACAUCAGGGGUGUAUUCGCUAGGAACCAGAGGCAAACGAAACAAAGCGGGAAGGAGCCUACCUGAAUUGGUCCAAUGGAAAACCACUUUUGCUACGGUCUGCAACUAAUGAAUACACCCCUGACCCUUAGACUGUCUAUACAGUUACCCUUUCAUCAUUCCACAGAAGGCAUGUUUUUUUGUUGUUGUCAAGUGCUACUAUGAGCAUAUAUUUUUAAAGGCCCAAGGACACAGAUGCAACAAACUGUUAUGGGGGAAAUAACAUUUCAAGAGUAUACAUUUGUUUACAUGCAUUUCCUGUAUAUCUUUGGCAACCCUGGUCCAGAGCUCAGAGCAAUAUGACACCUGCCUUUAUGUGGCCUUCAGUCUACCAGUCUGGCAAUGCGAGACUCAAUAACUGCAAGCCCUUAAACUCCCUCCAUAGAGAGACCUGUAUAUUAUAAGACUUUCUUCACACUACAUCAGACCCACUGCCACACGGGACCAUGGGAGUUCACGUUAGUAGAGGAAACUAACACAGAUAUCAACUAGAGCAGAGAAUCUUUGUCCCCAACACAGACGUCAACUAGAGCAGAGAAUCGUUGUCCCCAACACAGACGUCAACUAGAGCAGAGAAUCUUUACGCCCAACUCAGGAGCCACGUUCCAUUUCUGUCCAAUACUAAAGGGGUUUGAGCUGGGGGAAGGGACAGAAAUGGAAUUGGGCCCGAUCUUCAGACCAUUUGUACACCGGUUUUUGUCAUUAAAUGGCACCCUACUCCCCAUAUAGUGCACAGAGAAUAGGGUUCCAAUUUGGACACAACGACUCACUUGAGACCAAGUCUGGUUUGUGCCUCGUCCUGGAGUCUUGAGUUAUUAUUAUAAUCAAUCAUUUGUCUGAUUGUGUUGUCAUGAAGUGUAUUUCUGUGAGCGAAUGAGUGUAGGCUUGAUUAUGUAUAUAUUUGCAUAUUAAGACUUAACAAUCUGAGCGCAAGUUUGGGUUUUGAUUUAAUUUAAUUGUUCUGUGUAAUUCUAUGCUGAAAUCCAAAGAAUAAUCAUGUCUUUUUUAUCGCCUGGACAAUAACCUCCCUGUAAAGGAAAGAAUAAAAAAUGAUUUAAUUUC